AUGUCGGGUCCCCCGGAGUGCGUGUUCCUGCUUCUGUCUACCACUCAGUUCAUUCUGGGGGUGCUGGGGAACGGCUUCAUUGUGUGUGUCCACGGCCGCAGCUGGCUCCAGAGCAGGAGGAUCCCUUUGUCUGACUUCAUCGUCACUACUCUGGCUCUCUCCAGGAUUAUUUUGCUGUCUAUUCUAUUUUUUGAUAGCGUGUUAGCGAUAUUCUCUUACAAAGUGCAUAAUGAAGGCAUACUAAUGCAAAUUACCGAUGUCUUCUGGACAUUUACAAAUCAUCUGAGCAUUUGGCUUGUCACCUGUCUCAAUGCCCUCUACUGCCUGAGAAUCGCCAGUUUCUCUCACCCCACAUUCCUGUGGCUCAAGUGGAGAGUCUCCAGGUUGGUCGCAUGGAUGCUGCUGGGAGCCCUGCUCCUGUCGUGUGCCAGCACCAUGUCCCUGAUCCAUGAAUUUAAGCUCUACUCUAUUUUGAUUGGAAUUGAUGCCACAAGGAAUAUGACCGAGCACUUCAGAGCAAAAAGUGAAUACAAUGUGAUCCAUGUUCUUGGAACUUUGUGGAACGUCCCUCCCCUCGUCGUUUCUCUGACUUCCUGCUUCGUGCUCAUCCUCUCCCUGGGGAGGCACACGCGGGAGAUGCAACAGCAUGGCAGCAACGCCGGGGACCCCAGCACCGAGGCCCACGAGAGGGCCAUCAAAGUCAUCCUCUCCUUCCUCUUUCUUUUCCUACUUUAUUUUGUUACUUUUUUAAUUGCAUAUUCUAGUCGCUUCCUACCAGGAAAUAAAAUGAUUGGGUUGAUUGGAGAAACAAUGGCAAUGUUCUAUCCCACUGCCCACACAUUUAUUCUCAUCCUGGGAAACAGUAAACUGAAGCAGGUGUUUGUGAAUGUGAUGUGGCGUAAGCCUCCUAAUGGAACCAAGACGUCCUUCUCUCCCUAA